GAAAGGUGGCGUCGCGGAGUGGAGGUUUACGGAAUUAAAAAUCUAAACAAAACAAAAUUUAAUGAAAUUAUUUUAACCGGCUAUUUUCGGCAAAAAAAGGUUAAAUUUGCGUAAAAAUGCCUCUUCCGCCGGCUUUGGCAGCAAAGUUAGCCAAGAGGGGCCUCAUUACUGGCAGCAAGUCACCGGCUGAAGAAAGGGUGAAUGAGGAAGUCAUAGCCGAGGACGAUGGAGAUCGACGAAAAAGAGCACUGCUUGCUGUUAGCAAACUUUCAGAAAUCCAGGAGAAACCUCCUAUCAUGGGCUAUCCUGGUUGCCCAAACAAGUACAAUAUCCAUCACGAAUGCACAAUUUUCUGCAGUAUUUAUUGGGCAAGUGGUAUUAUUGAGCCAGACACAACUUAUCUAAGACGCAAGAAGAAAAUCCUCAGCAAAUAUCCCCUUCCUGAUAACUGGAAGGAAGAAUAUGACCCCGGGACUGGUCGAUUUUUCUACUGGGACCAGAAAACAAAUCUCGUUUCUUGGCUUCCUCCUCUUCACCCUCAUGCAAAACCCUCUAUGGCCGCCAGUGUCCUCAGAGAGCAAAACAAAUUCCAGCAGUUAAUUAAAUUACCUGAGUCGGAACCAAUGAUGACAGCAAUUGAAGAGGAUGACGAUAAAGAAGAAAGUUCAGAAGAAAGUUUCAGCUCUUCCAGCGAGGAGGAAGAACCAGUUCGACCUCCACCAAAGAGGCGAGGUCACAUGCCUAAGAGGGACAUUCUUGAUCCCAUGGACCCUUCUGCUUACUCGGAUUGUCCUCGCGGAACUUGGUCAUCUGGUUUGGCUGUUGAAGACGAUGCUAAUACUGGAGUUGACACAACAGCCUCGGGCCCUAUUUUCCAACAGAGACCCUACCCAAGUCCUGGUGACGUUCUGAGAGCAAACAAGUCUAAAAAGUGAAAGGCAAUUUGGUAUUCAAUUUUCAACACUAACAAAGGAAAGUGACCAUAAUGUGUGCGAAAGCCAUAACAGCCCGGCAACAAACAGUCCAAGUUUUGCACAUACUUCAACCGUGACCAGGAUGAAAAUAUUGCAAAUUUUACUUUCAAAAUCAUUGUCGACUCUCCCAAUUCUUUUUCCAAAAAAAAAAAAUUCAAUUACGAGAAUAAGAAAAAAAAUGUCUUUCUUUAUAUCUUUCCUGGUAUAAAAAAUUUCUAAUAAAAAAAAAUAAUAAUAAAAUAUA